UGAGUCGAGAGUGCAAUCCCCAUUUUUUUCGCUGCUGUGGUGCGUGGUCCGACGGAGAUCUGUUUUGUUUAUCGCACUUUUUGGCCCGCAAAACCACCUCUGGCGAAGAAAAAGUGUGUUCCAGUUGGAGUUCAAGUGUGAAUCUAGUGCAUUUGCGUAUAUUCAACUGCGAAAAUUAGUGCCAAAUGGGUGAAAAGUGCGUUUGAAAAACCGACUACGAAGAAAUUUCCUCGUUUUCCCUCGGAAGAAGAUCCAUCAAUAAAAGAAGGGCACCAGCAACGGAGAUUGGCCUUCGUGGAGGGGAGAAGCAAUAAGAUAAAAAAAAGUGUUAUUCGCGGGUGACUUCCGUGAAAUCCAUAAUACGGGUGCGGAGAACACGAAGAAAAAAUGCGUGAAAAGCAAACAUCAUGGUUGAGGUGUAUUUAGUGACAUGGAAAAGUUUUCCCGUUGAUGGGAACGAACUGUAGUGCGCGAUUCAGUGUUUCGACCCUGUCGUCGGUGCUGUGUUUUCUGGGAGCAGCCAUUUCUUCUUUCGGCGGUGGCGGAACGCGUUUCUUCGCGAGAGGUUCCCUGCGCUGAUUGUGUUUGUGAAGAUUUUUAUUCUCACGCACACAGUCAGGAAAGGCGCGACGGCGACGACGACAACGGUGGCACUGGUGAUUCUGCCUCUGGCUCUUAUGGCUGGCCUGGCUACACGAAGAAGAUUGAAUGAGUGGCUUCGUCGAUGAUGGGGAGUUCAAUUCGGUGCUGCUUCUGCCAUAGCGGUUUGAUAUAAAGAAUGGAUAGUAUACAAACAGUGGAUUGGAUCUAUCGUUCAUCUAUAUAAUAGUGAAGUGUUGAACUAUAACCGAGUGGCUAAAUGCUGAAUAGAAGAUACGGAAUAGUAGUGCAGUGCAUAUUGACAGGAGCGGAAGUGUGAGUGUUGGGCGGGAUUCCGCACCACACCAGGAAUGAUAAUUUCUACGAGAAGAACGGUGACGAAACCAGCUGCUGCCUGCUGCGGUAGCUUCUUCGUUCUCUGCCCAUCAUUGGGAGGGUUGUGUUAGAGAAGUGGCAAACGUGAGCGCAAGUCUGCACGCAAUGGACGGAUAUUUCGGGAAUUCGUUUGCCGUCACGAGGUGGAUUAUUGAAUGUAUCGGUAGAAUGUAGCAACCGGAAGAAAACUGUCGUUUCCAUUCAAUAUGUUACUUAUAUCUGGGAAUAGGUUGCCUUCGGAAUAAAGUGAAAUCGUAUAAAGUGACUCAUGAAAAAUUGGCUUAGUGUUAUUAAGUGAUAAAAGUGUGUAAGAAAACAAAAGUGCAAAUAAAAUGGCAACCCCCAACUAUAAAGAGCUUAAGCUUCAGUCCCCGGCUGGAGCGGAACCUUUCCUAUACAAUUGGCCUUUCUCGAUUGGCGGAGGAAGCGACAACGGCGGAAGUGAGCUCAUCGAGAAUGUGCGCUGGGUGUGCGAAGACAUGCCGGAGAUCAAAUCCGCCAUAGAAGAAAUCAACCUGAACGAGAUCGACACGGGAGAUUACGACGCGCUGAAGACUCUGUGCGAUCGUUUCAAUAAAGCAAUCGACAGCGUGACGGCGUUGGAGAAAGGCACCUCCCUUUCCAGCCAACGAUUCACGUAUCCCUCGAGGGGUCUUCUACGUUACAUAGUUCAACAAGUCUACAAUCAAGCAGUUGUAGAGCCGGAGAAACUGAAUCAGUAUGAGCCGUUCUCGCCAGAAGUGUACGGCGAGACGUCGUUCGACCUAAUCUGCCAAAUGAUCGAUGAGAUCAAAAUCUCCGCCGAAGAUGUGUUCGUUGACCUCGGCUCUGGAGUCGGACAGGUUGUGCUUCAGAUGGCCGCUUCGACGCCAGUUAAAAUUUGCUACGGAAUAGAGAAAGCCGAUGUUCCGUCGCGUUACGCCGAAGGUAUGAAUGCUACCUUCAAAAUGUGGAUGCGGUGGUUCGGCAAGAAAUAUGGCGACUAUGAACUCAUCAAAGGAGAUUUCCUAGCGGAUGAACACCGUGAGAAAAUAAUGUCCGCAACAAUCGUCUUUGUGAACAAUUUCGCUUUCGGUCCAAACGUGGAUCAUUCACUCAAAGAACGGUUCGCCGAUCUGCGAGACGGCGCCAGAAUAGUGUCAUCAAAAAGCUUUUGUCCGUUAAACUUUAGAAUCACGGACCGCAAUCUUAGUGACAUAGGCACUAUCAUGCAUGUCAGUGAAAUGACGCCCCUGAAAGGAUCUGUUUCGUGGACCGGCAAACCCGUCUCAUACUAUCUUCACAUUAUCGAUCGCACCAAAUUAGAAAGAUACUUCCAACGACUAAAGACAAAAGGAAAUGAGAAUGAUAACCAAGCUAGUGGAAGCACCAAUACCCGUGCAUCGAGAUCUAAGAAAGAUAAAAGUGAAAAAGCAAUUACAAAUGACGACAGCACUACUGAUAGUGAGGCAGAAGCUGCAGGUUCAGCUAAUAGAAAACAACAAUGGUCAGAUUGGUGCAGCGGUAAAGAAAAAGAAAGCAGUCAAUCGGAGGAAGAAAACAACAACUCUCCUGUGCUGCGUAAUGGGCGGAUUCCCGUUGCAACUAAGAAACGUAAAAAGAUAACGAGACCCAAAACCACCAAGAAGGAUCCCGUGACGUUAGCUGCCCAACAAGCAGCGAAGGAAGCGCAGGCCGCUGUUACCAAACGAAGAGGACGAGUAAAGAAAGGUCGACAGCGUAGGGCUCUGAAAAUUAAUGGACUAGACCUUUUACAUAGUGAAACCUUGCUGAGUACGUCUGACCAAGCUAUCGGGAAGCGAUUACCUCCUGCACCCGGGUGUGUAGAUCAGUUACUCACCUCUCUGGCAGGGGACAUGCAACAUACAGAGCUCGAUAUUCCAGACGCUCCAUCCGAGACACCAUACGGACUGCAAAUUUUAUUGGAUUUGUACAAAGCUCAGUUUAUGAAAGCUAUAGAAACAAUGCGGAAAUCUUCUUAUAAAGAUAAUGUUCAGCAUCAAAUUGAGCGAGAAAAAGAACGAAAUCAGCGUCUUCUGAAUCGUGCUGGUCAGUUGGAAAAACAAAUCAAAGUCCUUAUUGACGAUAGUGUGGCUCUCCUGAAAGCCCGAAUGAAUGAACUCGGCAUCAGCACAACCAGUCAAAACGAUCUGCUAUGUAAAGCGAAAGAAAUCGUUGGUCGCCAUAAAGAGCUGCAAGUUAUGGCUGCUAAGUUGCAAAAUCAAGUGACAUCGAUUGAACAAGAACAGAAACGCUUGGUAAUUCAGCAUGUGCAGAGGAUAGCGGAUAAAUACAUCAAAACAGAGGAUGUCGAAAUGACCCCUAAAACGUCGCAUGAAUUGGUACUCAAAGAAAUUGCCAAUACUUUGUCGCAAAGGAAAAAGUUAUAUGCUCAGGUUUCUUCUAUGGAGAACGAACUGAACGUGAUCGAAAAACUCGCAGAAGAACGAAAAUCUGCUGCAUCACUUUCAACGACAAUUAUCACACAUCAACGAAGCGACCAGUCAUUACAACAAUCAUCACACCACAAUCAACAUCGAGAUCAACACAACUCUCGAGAACAACUUCAUCAGCGUGGUGAAGAACUCAGACGCGAUGUCCACCACUCAGUUCAGUCCCAGUCUCAAACUGCUUCAGUUACUGUACAUGUUUCACAGCCGCCUCCCUCAAAGCAUAGUUCCGGAUCGUCGAAAUCUCAACGAAAGUCUCGUGAGAAUCGUACAAGAUCUCAAGAAUGGCCCGAAAUUCCGGACAUUGGGAAAAUCGAAGAAAAUAACCCAGAAAUACUGGCUCAAAAGAUACUUGAAACCGGUCGACAGAUUGAAGCUGGCAAAUUGCUAGCCAACAGUGCUAAUAAACAUCAAAAGGAGCGGGAAAGUAAAAACCAUCAUCUACAACAACAAUAUCAACAAGCACAAUUGACACAUCAGCUUACUAACCAUCCUCAUCCUGCUGAUGCUGCGUUGAUGCCUGCCCCUGCAACUCUAAGCAAGUCGCACCACCGUAGCAACAAUAGCGCAAACUCUACUGCCAAUGUAAGCAUACCCAAAACUUAUGUACCUGGUCCACCCACUGCUGGAGAAUUGGUAGGCGCGCCGGCAGGUGGCAGCUCAACAAGCAUAAAAUCUGAAUCGCGCACCAAGCUGCAAGAUUCGCACAAGGUGGUUAAUUUUGAGGAUCGCUUGAAAAGUAUUAUCACUUCGGUUUUACAGGCACCUCCGAAAACUAUCGGCGCUGGAGGACUGUCGCAACAACAGCAACCCCCACCUCACCAAGGUUCGUCGCAACAUCAUAUGCGGGAAGCAUCACAACCAAUGCUUCUCGGUCAUGGAGAACACGUAUCGCCUACGAAGUCAUCAUCGUCGUACGGGAAAACAGUAUACCUUUCAUCCGGUCAACCACCGCCUCCUCCUAGUUCGAUGCACAACUCUCUACACGACAUGGGCCCGCGAAGUGGUGGAAACCAACAUCAUCUACCUCAUCCUUCUACCAGUGGUCCAUCUUCUCAGCCACCGAGCCAAUUCUCAACGUUGAUGAAUGCUGUCACAUCUGCGCUUCAUCUGAAUGCCACCACUACCAUCACUUCGUCUCCCAUAUCGCCGUACAAAGGUCACGGUUCUAGCCAAAGUACGAAAAUAUCUCCGAGUUCCAAGUACUACCAGAAAUCAAUGCCAAUCAACCAUCAUUCCCCAGGUGCCAACAGUACGCAUCAACAGAUCCUGCAACAACAAGAACGAGAACGGGACCUACGCCAAACGCAAAUGGCCAUGCACUACGGAACCCAUAGCGGCCAAUCCCAUCACAACGUUGUGGAUCCUCACUUAAUACAUCGAAGUGCAUUAGAAAGCAAAAUGGAAUUCAAGGCACCGGAGCAAUUUCGCUACGACCAUCGUAAUCCAAUCGAGCCCUCCGUUAUGGGUAAUCAAAAUCAUUCGCGAAGUUCAUCGAACACAUCUCUGGAAGGCGAUUAUCCACCUGCUGGGGCGAACGUGCGCUAUAUCAAUGUACCAACAAACUCUCAACAACAGCAGUCUCAGCAAAUGCAGCUACAGCAGCAGCAUCCGUCCGGAGGUAACAACUCUCGACCGGGAUCAUCAUCAUCUCAGCCGGAUUACACACAAGUGUCACCGGCUAAGAUGGCCCUAAGGCGCCAUCUAUCUCAAGAGAAACUCACUCACCCGUUGCCCCCGUCCUCGUCUAGCACGGUAAAAACAAUUGGUGAUUUGGUAAAUGGAGAAAUCGAACGAACACUGGAGAUCUCCAACCAGUCGAUCAUUAACGCCGCAGUGAACAUGAGCACGGCAGGUCCAGCCGGCCACACUGUGAUAAACACAAACGUGCAACGACCGGAACGGGUUAGCAUACGGGUAAUGGAGGAAGCCACUCUUAAUGGCAGUGGCCAAGUGUCAUCUUACAGCCCAGUUUCACGUCCAAACAGUAGAGAUAUGAAUAAAUCCCCCAUACAUCUCCAUGGUCAAAGUAAUUUGGCCACGCUGGCACAAGUGGCUACCUACAGUCAUAAAAAGUCAUCAUCAUCCUCGUCAUCAUCUUCAUCGGCAACCAUUUCACCUCGUGGAGGGCUUGCACAACAGCAGCAGGUGGAUAGUCGAAGUCAUUCCGCAUCUCAACAACAAUAUUCACAAGGAACGUCGCACACCUCAGUCGUGUACCAACCGACACGGGGAGAGAAAACAUCCUUUUCGUCAACAGAACGCUCGGGGGUUGAACCGCCAUAUAUGGCACUCCCUCGGGCUGACAUAAAACCACACCUGGAUUCGUACUUCAUUGACGAGCAUAAGCGACAACAACAGCAGCAGCAGCAACAACAACAACAGCAUCAAUUGCACAGACAGGAACCCGUCGCGGUUGGAUCACACCAUCAUCCGCCGACAUCGCAACAUCAAACUGGUACCGGUAUGCGGGCAAUGGGUGACAUGUAUCAUCGAAGUCUUGCGGUGAGCUCUAUGGACCAGGCUCAUACGAGGAGGGAGCCGAUGGCUUCCCAAGCGAUAGACGAACGGAUGAACGGCAGUCCACCGCUGGAAGGGUUGGCGGCCUCACUACGAGCCCGGGUGAUCGCCCAGUUGAAUAGUAAAGAUGAAGACGUUGAACGACAUCGGCGGCCGGAUCUAGCUGCACCAAUGCACACAGUACCUACUAACAACAAUGCCAUUCAGCUAGUACAAACUCCACACAUUAAACCUGAAAAAUAUUCGGCCGGGAUGAAGCGUACGUCACCCAUUAUCGAAAAUCCUCCGAGACCAUCGAAAAUGUUGUACACCGACUGCUCGGAUGCAAUGAUCAAUUCCGACUUGCUGCACGGCGGCAGGAGCGGGUCGGGCCCCUCUCGUGGCAUGGGACCGCUGAUGAGUCCAGAAAUUAACUCACUUUCCGCCGUUGACGAUCGGCAGCACCUGUUGCGACACGGCAGAAACGACGUAGACGACGACGUGGGAGACGAUGAGUCCAGUUGGCACGAUCGGGUGAGUUCGGGAUUCGACCGGCUGGUAGCAUUCGCUUCAACAGAGCUGGAUAAAACGCGUCGCUCCAACGAGGACGCUCCACCAUCGUCGACUAGUUGCACUACCUCACCUGAUUCCGGUAUCAACCAGAGUGACCACAGUCGCACCUUCCUUUCGUCGUCGUCUUCCUCAUCUCAGCUAGAUGUUCCGCCUAGUAGUUCAAGUGCCGGUAGCGGCAGCAGCGUAAGUAGUGGCCUAAUGAAACACGUUGUGCCAAUAAUUAAAUCCUCACCUGCGGAACCGGUAGAAAGUCCACCACUCUCAGAUGUAGGGCUUCCACGAACACCGAGUCCGUCGUCUAGUCCUCCCCUUUUGUACCAAUCUACGUCGGGCUUGCCCACUGCAGCACAAAACCUAUUGCAUAGUGGAAGCAAUUUGAAGAUUCCUUUGAAAUAUCAACGGCAGUCUAAGGUCCCAUCGGAAAAGCACUACAAGAAGAAAUUCCGAGAACGCAACUGGGAAGAGUACGAAGAAAGCAUCGGUGGAAGACUCAGCUCAACCGGUAGUGCAGAACCAUUGGAUCCGGACUAUGCGGAUGGUUUCGGAAAUACGGGCACAGCCAACCCGAUCAGUGGUACCGUCACUAUGGGGCUGGGCAACGUAAAUGCUCUGGAAAACGCUCAACACAGCGACAACCUUCUGCUCCACCACCACAAACACAAAUCAGCCAAGUUUCGUCCCAAGGGCAAAGACUGGAACUGGGAUGAUGAACAUUCGAACACGUCUUCGUCCAGCUCACACCGACAUCGCUCGGGGAACACUCCAACGUAAUCGGUCUAGCACAGAGAUCAAUACACUGCGCUAUCUCUUUGAAGUGGAAAUCUUUUGUUGUUAGAUUGUAUAUUGUUUACGAAACCCAGUUAGGGUUCAGAUUUAGUUCACUACGGUCAUUGUAUGUAGGAAUUAUUAGUUAAAAUAUAUCGCGUUUUAGUUAUAUUUUAUGACACGUUUCAACUGCUCAAUAUAAAAGUGUAAUAAAUCCUGCCGUAACUAAAGUAAA